AUGAAGACCUUCGCUACCAUCCUCGUCCUCCUGGCCUCGUCCGCCUCCUUCGUGGCUGGCAUACCUGCGCCUGCGCCGGCAGACCAGGCCGCGUCAGCAGCAGCCGCUGGUGAGAGCGUCAACGCGGCGGCGAACAAUGGCUCCGGGGGCAUCAAGGCAGCCGACGACGCAGCCCUGGCAGUUGCGUUGGCCGAAGCUGGCGACAUCGGUGCCGUAACCACCGGUGCCGCCUUUGCCGCGGCAACGGCGAACGCGGCCGUGCAGGCGGCCAACGGGACCGAGAACGCCGACGUGGCCAAGGCUGAUGCCGCCGCCGCUGCUGCUACCGCUGCCGCUGGUGGUGCCGCUGUUGACGCUGCUGGUGCCGCUGCCGCUGGUGGAGCCGCUGCCGCCGCUGGUGGAGCCGCUGGUGCUGCUGGUGGUGCCGCUGGUGGACAGGGCAAGGGCAAGGGCAAGGGCAAGGGCAAGGGUAAGGGAAAGGGAAAGGGGAAGGGAAAGGGGAAGGGCAAGGGGAAGGCAAACUAG